AUGAGCGACUUGAAGAAGGCCACCAGUGCUUCCAAACAGGCAGCCGGGUGCUUGUUCACAAACUUUGAAGAUGUUCGACUGACGGAUGAAGAACGUGUCUACUUGAAUGCCGCAGCUACUGGAGAUAUUGGAAUCAUACGCAUGUCACUUGAAGAGUCCGAAGACAAUAAAGACUUCAAUGUGAACUGUGUGGAUUUUAUGGGACGCAAUGCUCUUCACUUGGCCGUCGACUCGGAAAACACCGAAGUAAUGGAAAUGCUGCUUGAUAAACUAAACUUUGAAUGCAUCGAGGAGGCGCUGUUACAUGCGAUCAGCAAGGCCCAUCCAAAACUGGUCCGUUUGAUUAUUGAACAUCCGAAUUAUCAGGCUGGUGAAGAUCAGAUCAAACGUAUGGAUUCGAAAAAUGCUUUCUUUCGAACCACAGAAAAGAGUCAGUUCUCACCAGACAUCACACCUCUGAUCUUAUCUGCACACUACAACAAUCAUGAAAUGGUACAAAUGUUUCUGUCGCGGAAUCACACGAUUGACAAACCACAUCCAAUCUCCUGCCAGUGUAACGAUUGUCAAGUUAGACAGGAUUACGAUUCAUUAAAAAGAUCGCGGUCACGACUGAAUGCUUACCGAGCGCUUGCUAGUCCAUCUUAUAUGGCGCUGAGUAGUCCAGAUCCCAUAAUGACAACGUUCGAGUUGCGACAAGAAAUGAUGAAGCUGGCGGAAAUUGAGAAGGAAUUUAA